AUGCAUUUUCACCCCGGGACUCACCUGCUGGGACCCUUGAGGCGUAUUGGGGGCCCCCUUGCCCCCAAAAGGCCCUCAGGGACCCUGGGCAGUCUUGGGAUCCCCCUGGGCCCCAGGGGGCCCACGGGGCCCCUGGGGACUAACGGGGGCCCCCUGGACCCCAGGGGCCCCACAGGGCCCCUGGCAGCCCUCGCUGAACUGCCCAGCGGCUCACAAGGGACUGCAGCAGCUUUUCUGCAGGCUGCUGCGGCAUCACAACAACCCCACCCCCUGCGUCCUGUCCCACUACGUCUCCUGCGGGGCGGCGGCAACGGCGGAGGGGCUGCAGCAGCAGCAGAAGCAACAGCAGGAGCAGCAGCUCGAGCUCCACAGGGGCCUUGGGGGCCCCCGCAGUCGCCCCAUCAUGAAUUAGUUUUCUGGCAUUCGCGGCGUUCUGUUCCGCCUAGACUGCGCUGCGCAAUGCACUACAACAGCAGCAGCAGCAGCAGCAGCAACAGUAGCGCCUGCUGCUGCUGCUGCAGCGCGAGCAGACUCUGCACCGCCUCCCAGACGGCCCCGCUGCACUUAUCGCAGCAGCAGCGCCAGUUUGCCUCAACAGCAAAAGCAGCAGCAAAAAAGAGACAGAAGGAACUCCUCAAAAGACGCCGGAAUUGGCAGCCCCCUAAGGUCCCCCAACGCUAUCUGAGGGAAGAAGGAGAUGCAGCAGGCCCCAAGAACCCCCGGCUUAGGCCGGGGGGUCCCUCUGGGGACUGGGGGCCCCCAGCACCAGCUGGGGGGCCCCACAAGCUGCUGGACUUGGAGGGUCCUGGGGGGCCUCCCGAGGCCUCUGUUUCAGAAAUGCGUUUUUUGGAGAGACGUAGAAAGCCCCAUGAGUAUGCACUGGAGAGGAAGCACGCACAGCGCUCAGAAGAGUCUGAGGAGGGAAGCCCCAUAUUGGACCCAAUAAUUGAGCGCAUGCUGCAGCGGCACCAACAGCAGCAGCAGCAGCAGCAGCGGCAACAGCAGCAGCAGCAACAACAGCAGCAGCAGCAGCCGCAGCGCGGACGCCUGCAGGAUUGCGGACAUGAAGCAUUUGCACCUUCUGUGCCGCUAAAGCUCGUGCUGCUGCUGCUCCUGCAUCUUUGCCCAUGCCUGACUGUGCUGCUGUUUUUGCUGCUGCUGCUGCUGCUGUGUGGCUCGCAGCACCAGUGGAAAGAAGCGCCGCUGCUGCCUCUGGCGGAGGCGGUUCCGUCAUUGAAGAGGGAAGACCUGGAGCAAAUGCGUCCAGCAACUGCGGCGGCCCCCAAAAGCUUUGGGGUGUUGGGGGUUUAUAAGGCGACGGAGCGAGACUACUACAGGCGAUUCUUCAGAGACAGAGACAGAGCUCUGGAUGGGAAGCUCCAUGAGCUGCAGCAGCUACAGCAGCAGCAGCAAAAACAGGAGCUGCUGCAGCAGGCCACGGCACGCAGAAAGCGGUACAUCCCGCCCAAGGAGUACUGGUACUCGGGGCGCCACGAGCCCCCCACUGCCCUCACGGCUGCAGCGUUGGGAGCGCGAGACCUCAAGUUUGUUCUUAUGCGGGAAGCGCGGCGCAUUCGAAUGGGUGGGGAGUUUGACUUGGACGUGUGGGAAGCUCUUGAGAGCCGAGCAGCUGCCAUUUGCCGCGACAGCCGAAAUGCCUCUGCGCGGUCACUCCUCAGAAUGCUGCAGGCUUUUGCUGCAGUGCAGCUGCCGCUGAAGCAAACUCACCUAGAGGACUUCAUGAGUAGCAGCAGCGACAUCAGCAACAGCAGCAGCAGCAGCAGGGAUUCGAGCAACUGCAGCAGGGAAGGACACAGAGCGUGCUGGAGGCGUGCAGGGCUAUCGCAAAGAGACAGGCAGAAAUGCGCCCCGAGAAUUAUGUUCACCUGUUCCAGUGCUGCAUUGCCAAGAGCUGAUAGCUCAGAGCUUUCAGCGGCGAACUCCCUGAGCAAACUGGACCUGGCGACCCACGUCUUAGUAACUCCCCUCAGGCUCACGCUAGCCAGCCGCAUUCCCGCGUUCACAGCAACGAACUGCCGGUCUGUUAAGUGGGUCACGGGGGUUUCAUUCUUUUCUUCUGCAAUGCUGGUGGACUUUUUGAACUGCGCGGCGAGGCAAGAGAAAAAACAUUCGCUGCAGAGGCACUCCAGGGACCUGCAGCUCAUGGAGCUGUAUCUCAGAAUACAGAAGCCCGAGGUGUACGAGCAGCUUGAUAUCGAAACCCAGUACUUUUUAGAGGUCAUUCGCAACGCCAGCACUGCCAUGUUUAGCGACUGCAGCGACACCGAAGAAGACGAGGAGGGCGUGGAGGAUUUCGCAGCAGCUGAGGUGCCCUCUUGGGGUGUAUGUACACCCCGAGACGCGCCGGGCGAGGGGCCCCGCUCUGGCCCCACACCCCACAAAGUUGCCUUCCGAAGCGAAAUCGAGGCAGAUGCCUUUUUUACCCCUGGGGAGAGGGGCCCUCCCGGCGGAUUGGGCGGCUUGGGGGCCCCUACAGGGGCCCCCGGCCCCGCGGGCAGUGGCUGCGAAGGAGAGCUGAGCUGCAGCAAAGUUGAAGUUGCUGCUGCGACGGCUGGCGCUGCUGCAGGGCCCCACGAGGGGCCCCCUGCUGCCUUCAGCAGUGCGCUGCAUGCAGACAUUAGUAGAGUUCUGAACUUAAUGGAAGUGGUCCAUUUCAACUCCGCUGUGGCCGGGCCAUUCAAAACCGACUGCUACUUGCCUUCGAAAAGACUUCUGAUUGAAGGAGUGCCUUCUUAUCAGCUCUACGCCAACACCCACACGCCCACAGCCGCCAGCAAGCUGUAG